AAACCAACGACGAAUUACACUCUACAGACCAAUGAUCAAACAGCGAGGAGGAAAAAAAACCAGAACAACAGCAAGUGGGUUUAUUAUGACAUUUGUGUACCAUUCACACAUAUCAGAGUAUUGAAAAUACUGUGUCAAUGACAACAUUGACGUUUUACCUUGUGUUUUUUUGUUUUUCCUUUCAAUUCGUUGGCACUACUCAAAGUGUAACGAUCGAAGAAUUCCAGGGAUUCAAUUUUUCACACAGCGAGUUCAUCUUUGUGGGAUUCCCAGUGAUCUACGAGUACAGACGACUACUUUCCUUACCGUUUUUCACCACCUACAUUUUAGUCUUGGUGGGAAAUUCUUUGUUGAUCCACGUGAUUAGAAUUACGGAGAGCCUCCACAGCCCCAUGUAUAUAUUAAUAUGUGGUUUGGCGGCGGUGGACAUAGUGGUGGCUACAGUCAUUAUCCCCAACAUGCUGCUCAGCUUUCUGUUUGACUGGAAUGACAUCUCAUUGGCCAGCUGUUUGACUCAGAUGUUUUUCACUCACUUCCUGUCGUCGGUAGAGUCGACUAUUCUCCUGGCCAUGGCUCUGGACCGCUAUGUGGCGAUCUGCUACCCUUUACACUACGCUCGUAUCCUCAACUCUGCCAUGUUUCUCACACUGUUGCUGUUCACUGUUAUAAGGAGUGGUUCUAUCAUGUUUGUACUAGUUGCGCUCGCUGGUUCUCUGUCUUUCUGUGGUUCCAAUGUCAUCAACCACUGCUACUGCGACCACAUGGCCCUGGUUAGUCUAGCAUGUGGUAACACGGACAAGAAUAAUGCGAUGGGAUUGGCUGUGAUCAUCUGUUUUGUGGGGAUUGAUAUUUGCGUCAUUAUUUUCUCCUACAUGAAGAUUCUGAACGUUGUGUUGCGUAGAGCAGCAGGGGAGGACAGAUGGAAAGCGUUCCACACGUGUGGCACCCACCUCAUUGUCAUAAUGUGUUUUUAUUUGAUUGGCACCGUUACUUUUCUGUCACGGAAUCUGAAUAUUCAAAUCCCAACUGACAUCAAUACUUUUCUAGGAGUGAUGUAUAUUGUUUUACCAGCGAGUGUCAAUCCAAUAAUCUAUGGAGUCCGGACAAAGGAAAUACGAAAUCGUAUUUUGAAAAUGUUCAACACAAGAGUAGACAGAGAAUUGACUGUUCAGGUUGCUAUUGUAGAAAUGUGAUUCGUUUCAAAACUCUUCUUUAGUUAGGGUUAGAAUUGUUUACAUCAGAAAUGAUUCAUACCCCCUUUGACUUAAUUCCACACUUUGUUGAGUUACAGCCUGAAUUUAAAACAUUUAUUAAAAUGAGAUUUUGUGUCACUGAUCUACACACAAUACACCAUAAUGUAAAAGUGGAUUUAUGUUCUUAGACAUUAGUACAAAUUAUUAUUAUUUUUUUUAAAUGAAAAGCUAAAUUAUCUUGAGUCAAUAAAGUGAAAAUUAUUAUAUUCACCAAUUUUUCACAUCUGUGUUUUUUUUUCCCAUCAGAAAUAAUUGCUUAUGAAUUCAUGUGUAAAAUAUUACUGUUCUCAGAUUUUUAAUUGAGUUUUUUUAAUUAAGUGUAUGAUAGUGUUUUAUUUGUAGAUGCUAAAACACUAUACACAGAGUGUACAAAACAUUAAGAACAACUUCCUAAUAUGUAAUUGCCCUCAGAACAGCCUCAAUUCGUCGGGGUAUGGACUCUACACGGUGGGAUGCUGGCCCAUGUUGACUCCACUGCUUCCCACAGUUGUGUCCAGUUGGCUGGAUGUCCUUCAGGUGGUGGACCAUUCUUGAUACAACACAGGAAACUGUUGAGUGUGGAAAAACCCAGCAGCUUUGCAGUUCUUGACACAAACCUGUGCGCGUCAAUAAGGGAAUCAUAGCUUUCACCUGAUCAAUCUAUGUCAAGGAAAGAGCAGGUGUUUUUAAUGUUUUGUGAACACAGUGUUUGGAAUGUUUAGCUGGAAUGGUAUUCUGUAUAUUUGACUGUGAUAUGUGGUUGUCCCACCUAGCUAUCUGAAUAUACUAACUACUGUAAUAUGUGGUUGUCCCACCUAGCUAUCUGAAUAUACUAACUACUGUAAUAUGUGGU